AUGCAGUUAGACUCAGUUAUAGCUGGACAAGAGAAUGAUGAUGAAUAUGUGGCAGAUGCUUUGCUUGCUGUAAAGCUUAACUUUGUUUCUUCAACUGACGAAAUUGAUAAAUCUCCAAAAUAUUCUCCAGAAUUUGCUUAUCAACAUUUUGGGGAAACGUUUAUUGUUGGAUACAAAAAUCUUUCUGUUAAUGUAAUAUAUUCGGAUGCUUCUCUUUUUCUUACUUCUUUGGUUAAAUAUGAUGGAAUUCUUAAUGGAAAUUCGGCUAUUCAAGCUGACAAUAUUGUUGAGAAAAUCAAAGAUGCCUUACCUAGCACACAAUUGGAUGCUUAUUUGCCUUUUGACAAAUUUAAGGAUAAAUUGAUUGAGCAAACUAAAUUUCGUCCUUAUGGAGAACUUAUUUCUAAAUUUUAUAUUGAACAAGGUUUUUAG